UACGACAAAGCCGCAUUUGGAUGCUGCAACGUGGGGUUGUUUACUUCUUUUGACAGCACUCUCGGCUUAAUUAACUAAUGUUGGUGCCUCCGACAGAAGUUUCUUGUAUUUGAGUUUGUUUUGUUGUCAGCGUAAAGACAUGGGGAAGCCAAAGAAGAAAAACGAUGCUAGCCGAGCGGAGCUGAUGAUGAUGACCAUUGCAGACGUCAUCAAGCAGCUGGUGGAGGCUCACGAAGAGGGGAGAGACAUCAACCUCAACAAAGUGAAGACCAAAACAUCGGCUAAGUAUGGUCUGGAGAAUCAGCCCCGUCUGGUGGAUAUCAUAGCCGCUGUUCCACCUCAGUACCGCCGAGCUCUGGUGCCCAAACUGAAGGCUAAACCCAUCCGCACUGCUAGUGGGAUUGCUGUUGUUGCUGUGAUGUGUAAACCACACAGAUGUCCUCACAUCAACUUCACCGGAAACAUUUGUGUUUACUGUCCUGGGGGCCCAGACUCAGACUUUGAGUAUUCCACGCAGUCAUACACUGGCUAUGAGCCGACAUCUAUGAGAGCCAUCAGAGCCCGAUAUGACCCCUACCUCCAGACAAGACAUCGAGUGGAACAGUUGAAGCAGUUGGGACACAGUGUGGACAAAGUGGAGUUCAUAGUCAUGGGCGGGACCUUCAUGGCUCUGGCUGAGGAGUACAGGGACUACUUCAUCAGGAACCUCCACGACGCUCUCUCUGGACACACCUCCAACAAUGUGGCAGAGGCCGUCAGGUAUUCAGAGCGCAGUAAUACUAAAUGCGUGGGGAUCACCAUAGAGACGCGUCCUGACUACUGUCUGAAGCGACAUUUAAGCGACAUGUUGAGCUAUGGCUGCACACGGCUGGAAAUCGGGGUGCAGAGCGUGUACGAGGAUGUGGCCAGAGACACAAACAGAGGUCAUACAGUGAAGGCCGUGUGUGAGUCCUUCCAUUUGGCCAAAGAUGCUGGAUUCAAAGUGGUGGCCCACAUGAUGCCUGACCUGCCCAAUGUGGGGAUGGAACGGGAUAUUGAGCAGUUUAUUGAGUUUUUUGAAAACCCAGCGUUUCGACCAGAUGGGUUGAAGUUGUAUCCAACACUGGUAAUUCGUGGAACAGGUCUGUAUGAGCUUUGGAAAACUGGACGUUACAAGAGCUACUCCCCCAGCGCUCUGGUUGACCUGGUGGCCCGUAUCCUGGCCCUUGUCCCCCCCUGGACUAGAGUGUACAGAGUGCAGAGGGAUAUUCCGAUGCCGUUGGUGAGCUCUGGGGUGGAACAUGGUAAUCUGAGGGAGCUGGCCUUGGCUCGGAUGAAGGACUUGGGCACUGAGUGUCGAGAUGUUAGAACCAGAGAAGUGGGCAUUCAGGAGAUUCACCAUAAAGUCAGGCCUUACCAGGUGGAGCUGGUGAGGAGGGACUACGUGGCCAAUGGGGGCUGGGAGACUUUCCUAUCUUAUGAGGAUCCAGAGCAGGACAUUUUGAUCGGGUUGCUACGGUUACGUCGUUGUUCCCCUCAGACGUUCAGGCCCGAGCUCAAAGGGGGCGUGUCCAUCGUCCGAGAGCUGCAUGUGUAUGGCAGCGUGGUCCCAGUCAGCAGUCGUGAUCCGAGCAAGUUCCAGCAUCAGGGUUUUGGAAUGAUGCUGAUGGAGGAGGCGGAGAGGAUCGCCAGAGAUGAACAUGGUUCCAAUAAACUGGCUGUCAUUUCAGGUGUCGGCACAAGGAACUACUAUAGGAAGAUGGGCUACGAGCUGCACGGGACUUAUAUGGUGAAGGAUCUCUAUGGAGCCAAAACGGAGUGAAUGAAUAAUGCACAAAUCAUUUUAUUUAUCUGAACUGGAUUCAUCAGGGAACAUUGUUCACACUGCAUUUGAUGGUGGUCAUAAAAGAGGCCGUUGGUUGGACUCUAUGGGACAUGACGAUAAUGCUCUGUGGUUUUAUUUUAGGAAGUGCAUCAGUUUUUAUGUGGGACACACCGGACAAAGACAGAAUAGGGAUGUGUACGGCGCCAUGUUUUUAAGAGUAGCCUAAACAGGAUUUUGCGUCAUUCAUAAAAGGUUUCAGGAAAAAGCUGAAAUGUGCCUCAGUGCCUUGGUCCUUUAUGAAUGAAUCUCAUAUUUGGAUUGAAAGUUUCUACCAGACUUGUACAGUAAGGAAGAAAAAAGCUAUUAUGUUAUUGCAAAAAAUGUUGAAGCUAUUUACCUUAUCUUUUUUUCCCCACAGAUUAGAGAUACAGACUUAAAGAUGCUAUAUGUAACUUUUCACCUGUUUGUCUCAUGGAUAUGUUAUUACUUUACUUGAAAUGUUGCUCAGUAUGGCAUUAUUAUACAUCUCUAACAUGCAUUUAUUCAAUUACUGGUGGUCAAAAAAUACCUCAAAAAACAGGCAUUCUGACUGUGAGUGGGGCUGCCUUUCCACAGAUCUGACCUGUAACUUAGUCUGACUUGGUCUCCAUGACGAUAGAAAGGUUUAUUACCAUGCUGUGAAACAUUCUAGGCAAAGCAAUGACAUCUCCAUGAAAAGUUGCAUCUUUAAAUGUCAUUCUUUGCCAGCAACCUAUAGCAACCACCAUAAAAUCAUAUAGACUCAUCUAUACAGGCAACCUGAGUAAAGAGCCUUGCCCAAGGACACAACAAAAGUACAGUACAAUAGAAUUAAAGCAGUUUACUGGAUGAGCUGGUUUUGAAAUGUAUUGUAGUAUUUUAAUGACCCUUUUUGACUGACUUCAAAAAUAGGUCAUGUACGAUUUUGAGAUAGAUCAAAUAUACUUUGACAGUGCUCUUGGGUCACUUAUUCAAAACACAAUUAACUAAUAUUGAAUAAAGAUGUUAAUUUAUGUUUUAGUUAUAGUGAAACAUAUAAUGAUAUACAUGACUUCAGCAUCACCAAAGUCUUCUGUCGGAAUGAGUGAUGAGUGUCCUCAAUGGGCAGCCGUUGUGUAAUCGCUUUAUAAGGCUGGAAAUUAAAUAUUACAUAAUUUGCUUUUCAAGGCCGAUCCCGUUAAUCCUGUUUAUUUUCUGUUGUCAGUGCUGGUACAUUCUUGUCUUUUGUAAUAAAUAAAGGAUACUGGGAGUA